AUGACGAUCAGAACCUACCAACAGGCUUCGGCCUUCCAAACCAAACGGACCGAUGUCAUCGUUGUUGGUGCUGGCCCUGCUGGUUGCAUGGCUGCUGCGACUCUACAACGAUAUGAUAUCGACUUCCGCUUAAUUGACAAACGUCCGACGAGGACCCAAACGGGACAUGCGAGUGCUUUCCAACCCCGCACCCAGGAAAUUCUGCAGACAAUGAACCUGCUCCAUGAACUUGAUGGCAAGGGACACCGCCUCACGGAGACAUCUUUCUGGAUGCGUGAUAGCGUGGGGCUGUUGGAUAAAACCUUCACUGGUGCUGAGGUAGUUCACGCUACUCCUUAUCAGUAUCUGUUUAACACGGACCAAGGAAUGACAGAAGACAUUUUUGAAAAACAUCUCCUGUCGAAAGGACAAAAGAUACACAGAUUCAUGGAAUUGCUCCACUAUGAAUACAACAAAAAUAUGCCCGAAUGGCCGCUCACGGCAUACAUCAAAAACAAUGCCACCGGUGCCAUUGAAGCUUGGCAGACAAAGUACAUUCUGGGCUGUGAUGGAGCGCGAAGUGCAACGCGUCAAAUUACAGGUGUCAAAUCAUCAUCGCAAGGUGGCGAGGAUGUUUGGGCCGUGGCAGACGUCUACGUUGACACGGAUUUUCCCGAUUAUAGGCGACGUUGCGCGAUCCAAACCUCUGACGGUGGCUGUAUGCUCAUACCACGCAAGGAUGAGGGGCUUCGAAUCUUCCUCCAGGUUGAUGCGAAAAAUAAGGAGGUCCUCGACGCAAGUGGAAACCAACCCCGUGAACAUCUCUAUGACAACAGUGCCUUCAAGCUCAGCCGCACCGUUCAGUCGCACAUCAACAACAUUAUUCACCCAUACAAAAUGAACAUCACUGAUAUCCUUUGGAUCAGCAAAUAUCAUGUGGCUCAGCGAGUGGUUCAUAACUUCCAUGACCAAGGUCAGCGUGUUUUCCUCCUAGGAGAUGCAUGUCACACACAUAGCCCCAAGGCGGGGCAGGGCAUGAAUGUUAGCAUUUCUGACGCAUAUAAUCUGACCUGGAAAUUGGCACUUGUCAUGAAAGGCGUUGCAAAUGCCGACUUGCUCCUAACAUACGAGCAAGAGAGACUUUGGGUUGCACAGAAGCUAAUUGAAUUUGACGCUGUUUUUGCCCGUCAAUUUGGACAGAAAGAGAAGCUUGAAAGUCAAAGCCUCCGCGAGACAUGGGAAGAGGGACAUGGAUUCACAAGUGGGUGUGGAUAUGAAUACCCUCCAAACCUACUUGUUGACCCGACUGUUCGAACGCAAAUUAACAAUCAGGCGGUGGAGCCACUGGUACCAGGGAAACGCCUGCUACCGAUCAGUCUCGUUCGACACAUUGAUGGAAACCACGCUCAGCUACUAGAUGUCAUGCCUUCCAACGGUAGAUUCCACUUGUUCGUUUUUGCUGGUAAUCAGCUUCUUUCGCCGACGAUCCAGAAACUCGCGGAGUCUCUGAAUUCUUCUCAAUCUCCAAUGAGCCUUUUCAACUUGUUGCCAUUGGAGCUUAUCGAACGUUUUCGCCAUGAGGAUAUUGCAACAAACACAGUAUCCUCUACCAACAAUUCUUAUCUCAUUGACCUUUUCUUGAUUCAUUCAUUGGAUCAUUUGAAUAUUCAAUUGGAAGAACUUCCUGCUCCAUUUUCCACCAAAUGGCCGAUGCGUGUAUACUCUGAUGCCAACGGGGCUGCUCAGAAUCAGUUGGGCGUUCCCGAGGACUCCGGUGCUUUAGUUGUGGUGAGACCAGACGGUUAUAUUGGUUUGAUCACCGGAUUGGACAGACUUGAGGACGUGACUUCUUAUUUCAGUAAGUUCAUGGUCAGACGGGUUUAG